AGUCGUUGAUUAGUAAUCGUCUAUAGAAAGAAAGUUUAUCACUAAUAUUAUUUUGUACAAUGAUUUCUUAUAAAUUUAAAGUAAGUAAUUAAAUUGUGUUGGUGUUUUGAAACAAACUGUUGAUACUAUUUCGAAGUGUUAACUAGAACAGACCGAGAGGUGAUAUCUUUUUCCUUUCAGGCGUAAUUUCGUACAAGGUAAGCCAUUUUUUAUGUGAAUAAAGUUCAAAACCUCUUUUAUUCUUUACGCACCGAUGUCUAUGCUUAUAAUUAACAGUAAAUUCAACUAUUUAUUCAACAAUUAGUUUCGUAAUAUACCUUACACGUAAAAAAUGUUACCGUAUUUCGCUAAAGGACAAGUAAUCAAAGGUUUCGGACGAGGUUCAAGAGAUUUAGGAUGUCCUACAGCGAAUUUAUCUCGUGAUGCGGUCGAGGCUCUACCAGAAGAUUUCAAAACCGGCGUAUAUUUCGGCUACGCAUCUGUAGAUUCGGGUAAAGUUUAUAAAAUGGUGAUGAGCCUUGGUUGGAAUCCGUUUUAUAACAACGAAACUAAAACAAUGGAAAUUCAUAUUUUACACGAGUUCGAAAGUGAUUUUUACGAUAAAGAAUUACGUGUCGCGGUUUUGGGUUAUAUGAGACAAGAAAAAAAAUUUGGUUCAGUAAAUGAAUUAAUUGACGCUAUAAAAGACGAUAUUUUACAAGCUAAAAAUGAAUUGAACGCAUCAGAAUUUGUGAUUUAUAGAAAUCAUUCGUUUUUUAUAAAAUGA